ACUAACGAACUAUCCAUUCGAAGAUAAGAGAUUCAUAUACACAACAAUCAUGCAUUAUCAUCAAUGUCUUGGAACGUUUAUCAGUACAAUUGUAUUGCUGACAAUUGUACAUGAUGUAACAGGUUCUGGUUUAUUCGAUGAGGAAACUACUACACCCCCACCGACGACUACGGCUGCAGCCAGCUCUCUGAAUGUGUCUUGGAUGACCAUUUCAUCAAUCUCUAUGAUAGUGAUUGGACUGAUCAGUGGUCAUUUAAGAAGAUUCAUCAUAUAGAAUAUGAGAAUUGUUGAUUACAGAGGAUCAUAUUUUAUGCUACAUUACUAGUAUUAUUUAAAAAAUACAGAAAUACUUUGGUG